AUGCAAAGAAGCUCCAGAAAAGCUGAACCAAUGAAAAUUCAUGUACUGUUUCUCUUCCUGCUGUCUUUGUUGUGGGGGGCUAUCUCCCAGCAGAUCCAAUACGUUAUUCCGGAGGAGCUGGCCAAGGGCUUGCAGGUGGGAAAUCUUGCCAAGGACCUGAAGCUCAAUGUCCAGGAACUGCCAGCUUGAAAAUUGCGGGUUAGUGCAGAGAAUUUAUUCAGUGUUAAUGCAGAGAGUGGGGAUUUGUUAGUGAACGGUAGGAUAGAUCGAGAGGAAAUCUGCAGAAGGAAAUCCGAGUGUGCACUAGAAUUUGAAAUGGUUGCUGAAAAUCCAAUGAAUGUUUUCCACGUGAUUGUUGCAAUCCAAGAUAUUAACGACAACGCACCACGUUUCACUGCAAAAGGCAUUGACUUGGAAAUCUGUGAGUCAGCCCUACCAGGUGUAAAAUUCCCUCUGGAUUCUGCACAAGAUGCAGAUGUAGAAAGUAACUCACUAAAGAUAUACACUAUCAACUCCAACGAACACUUCUCUGUGACAAUGAAGGAAAGUCCUGAUGGAAGUAAAUACCCAGAAUUACUUCUGAAAAAACCUCUGGACAGAGAACAGCAGAGCUCCCACCAGUUAAUCCUGAUGGCCAUGGACGGUGGAGACCCUCCACUAAGCGGCACCACCCAGAUCCGGAUUCAGGUCACUGAUGCCAAUGAUAAUGCUCCAGUGUUCAGCCAGGACACAUACAGAGUUAGCCUCCAAGAAAAUGUGCCCGCGGGGACCUCUGUACUCCAAGUGAUGGCUGCCGACCAGGACGAGGGUGAUAAUGCAGAGAUCACCUAUGCCUUUCUCAGUGCCCCAACAAGUACCAGCCUCCUCUUCCAUCUCAAUCCAAAUACUGGUGACAUUACAACCAAUGGUACAUUGGACUUUGAAAAGACAAGUAGAUAUAUGUUGGUUGUAGAAGCCAAGGAUGGAGGGGUGCACACGGCUCACUGUAAUGUUCAGAUUGAAAUUGUUGAUGAGAAUGACAAUGCCCCAGAAGUCACACUGAUGUCCUCUUCUAUCCAGAUUCCCAAGGACUCAGACCUUGGAACUGUAGUAGCCCUCUUUAAAGUGAGAUACCAUGACUCUGGGCAAAACGGUCUGGUGACCUCCUAUAUUCAGGAAGAUGUUCCUUUCAAAUUAGAAUCCACCUCCAAGAAUUAUUACAAGCUGGUGAUUGACAGUGCCCUAGAUAGGGAGCAGAUGGCCGAGUACAAUGUCACUAUCACCACCACUGACAAGGGCAAGCCCUCCAUAUUCUCCAGUACAAGCGUCACCCAACAUAUCAGCGAUGUCAACGACAACGCGCCCAUUUUCCACCAGGCCUCCUACGUGGUCCACGUGGCCGAGAACAAUCCUCCUGGCGCCUCUAUUGCGCAAGUCAGCGCCUUUGACCCGGAUCUGGGGCCCAACAGUCGCGUCUCCUACUCCAUCGUGGCCAGCGACCUGGAGCCACGGGCGCUGGCGUCCUACGUGUCCGUGAGCGCGCAGAGAGUGGUGUUCGCGCAGCGCGCCUUCGACCACGAGCAGCUGCGCGCCUUCGAGCUGACCCUGCAGGCGCGCGACCAGGGCUCGCCCGCGCUCAGCGCCAACGUGAGCCUGCGCGUGUUGGUGGGCGACCGCAACGACAACGCGCCGCGGGUGCUGUACCCUGCACUGGGGCCCGACGGCUCGGCGCUGUUCGACACGGUGCCGCGCGCCGCGCAGCCCGGCUACCUGGUCACCAAGGUGGUGGCGGUGGACGCCGACUCGGGACACAAUGCCUGGCUGUCGUACCACGUGCUGCAGGCCAGCGAGCCGGGACUCUUCAGCCUGGGGCUGCGCACGGGCGAGGUGCGCACGGCGCGUGCUUUGGGCGACCGGGACGCGGCCCGCCAGCGCCUGCUGGUCGCUGUGCGGGAUGGGGGACAGCCGCCGCUCUCGGCCACGGCCACGCUGCUCCUGGUUUUCGCCGACAGCUUGCAGGAGGUGCUGCCGGAUGUCAGCGACCGCCCUGAGCCCUCUGACCCUCAGGCUGAGUUGCAGUUUUACCUGGUGGUGGCUUUGGCCUUGAUCUCGGUGCUGUUCCUCCUUUCGGUGAUUCUGGCGGUUGCUCUGCGCCUGCGCCGCUCCUCCAGCCCAGCUGUCUGGAGCUGCUUUCCGCAGGAUCUCAGUUCCAAGUCCGGACCUGGGGUUCUCCCCAGUUACAGUGAAGGGACUUUGCCUUAUUCCUACAAUCUGUGCGUGGCUUCACGAUUAGCUAAGACAGAGUUUACUUUUUACAACCUGAAACCAGACAUGGUUCCUUCUCGGGAUCUCCUUUGUGACGAUACUUCUGUGGAUGUAUGUGUCAGCAGUGAAGACCCCCGAAUCGUUUCUGAUUCGUCUUUUGCGUUUUACGUGAGUUUCUGCAAACCUGCUUUUAUUCUCGGUCGUGCAUAAUUAUUUAUUAUUGUU